AUGUACCAACAUCUCAUCACCUUACAGGACUCUCGAGAUGCUGUUAUCUGUCUUUCGUUUUCUCCCCAGGCCAAAUUUAUUGCAGCUGCAGGUUACGGCGGUGUGACCGUUUGGGAUCUAGAAUCGUUCGAUCCUAUACCCAUACCAAAUAACAUCUAUAACCCGCGUAAUCCUGACAAUGUCUACUCGGCCUGUGCUUGGCUGCAUUUUGAACAGGCAGAUAGAUAUUUUCUCAUUGUAGGGUCACAGGAGGGCACAGUGUCUAUCAUGCAGCUGGAAGCAAAUGACGAGGCCUUUCAUACCACUGUUCGGGUGGUUCCUGAACCUUCAGGUUUUCAGGUCCUUUCGAUUGACGUGUAUCACACCGAAAUCGAAAUAGGAAAACUCGCUCGUAUCGCAGUCGCAACUGCUGAUAAUCGAACCACGGUCUAUACUCUAUCUUCAUCCGGGGUUUUUCGGGAAAUAUUUUCAGCCACCGUCGAAGAUUUUUCACUCAUUGCUGCAAGGUUCUGUAAGAAGACUGCAGAUAUCUAUGUUUUCGAACUAAAUGGUGGCACAAUAAUGAGACUCGAUUACAAAACCGGGGACGUCAAGUCAAAUCAGAAAUAUGGACCUGACCCCAUGGGAACUGUAUGCAUUGACGACUCGAGUAAUUUCUUUGUAGCCUGCACCGGCGCGGACUUCCAGAUGUUACGCCUUGACACAAUUGAGCACAUCCAAACUUUCUCAGGUCCAGACCCUGUGGUUCGCUUCCCUAAGGUUGCCACAUUUUCCGAAGAUGGUGCUGUCUUGAUUGGAGGUACGGACAGGGGGCAUGCUAUGGUUUUCGAUGUUCAGAGCGGUGCCAAGGUUCAACCGCUCAAAUAUGCAAAGGGAGGUUUAGUCCAACCUGUUGCUGCAUGUACGUCCAAGAAAGGAUUCCUAGCUGCUAUCGCCGGAUCGACUAUGGAAACUUCAGCCGAGGUCGUGAUUUAUCAAAAGAAUCAUCUCCCCCCUUCCACUCCGAAGUCUAACGAUAACACGAAAGCGAGCCUCUACCGUUCUUUCAUGAAUAGAGGCUCCAUACAGUUUAUCUUUGUCAUGUUAGGGAUAUCGUUGAUGCUCAAUGGGCUUUAUUCUUUGGCCCUUACCUACACUCCUGUGGUAUGUUUUUCCAGGUUCCUUGAUUUCGCCCACUCCAUAAUGUCUUCAUUGUCCAGGUCCAGUCUAUGUUAG